CCUGAGUGUUCAAAUGUGACGGUCCGGCUCGACUUUCUGGGCAGCCAGUUUGAAAAAAGCCUGUACAGGCGUUUGUAUUUUGAAAGCGAACAAUGUGUGGAGUAAUUUCAACAGAGUUUCCCCAUCUUACUGCUGGCAAUUUUGAGAGCUCUCUGGCCUCUGAUGAUGUAUUGGCUCACUUCUUCAAUGACUUCUUAAGUCUGCCGUCUUUCCCAGAGGCUUUGCUGUACAACCAGGAGUCCGGGCAGUUUGAAAUAGUGAAUGGAGCAGCUGAGUUUGUCUCCAGAAAAAUCCGAUCAGUCCUACAUCGCAGCAAAUCAAAACUUCUUACUGGUGGUGACCCCACAGCCCUGGCCAAAACCCCUCCAGUAGACAACCAUUAUACUAUCUGUUGCCUGGACAGAGAGCAAGGAAUUCAGUGGAUCAUCAAAGAAAGGUUGCCCUUUUUCCUUCAAAGUGAUUGCUACAAUGAAUACAGACUAGCCAAAUUGUUGUUUCAGUGGAACCCAAUCUUUUGUAUCCAGAGGAGGAAAAGCAGUUCAGGUCGAACCACCCUGUCAGCCCCACAACUACAUUUUGCAUCCCAAUUUGACAAGGAAAAAAACAAAGCACUGAAGAUCCUAACCUGCUCACAUUCUCAAGAGAACAUUUUAGCAAAACAAGGGCCAAUGGGGAUGCACACCGUUACAUGUCUCCCCUCUGGCCAGAAAGAACAUAUCAACACAAAAUCCAGUGAAUCGUCCAGAUGUUUCUCCAGCUGUUCUGAGCCAGAGGACCCAUGUACCUUUUCCUCUUUGUCCUCAUGUUCCUCCGCUUCUAACCUGAAAUGUGAGAAAACCAAGAAACUCCAGAGCUCACAAACCGAGUUGAGCCUCUACUUCACAGAGCCAUCAGCUGGCGGCUCAGAGGAGCAGCAUCUCAAAGAGUCCAGUAGCCAGAAUUAUGAGUCUUCUGAAGGGCAGCUGGGGCACCUGGCUGCCCAAGUGGUUAAACAGGUGCUUAACAAUGCACUGUACGUGGUGGAUAGUCAGAGUCAGGCAAACACUUGUGACAGUUCCAGCAAGCCAGUGGACCAGACAAAUUGUACCAGCACAGACAGAUCCUGUAAUUGUAAUGUUUGCCAGCAUUCAGCCGAUGGGGUCACAGAAAGGCUUGGGAGAAAGAAAGAGAAAGUUAAAGAAGGCAAGAGGCUGAGUGGAGGGGAAGGAAAGACAGAGUGCUUUAAGAAGCAUAGGGAAGUGGGGAGUAGAGGCGCAGACCAGGAAAAUAUCUGUGAUUUUUGUUGCCGUGGUACCUGUUGCCAGGGCACUAGACCAGGAUUGGAUGAGCUGAAGGAGUUUUUGCAAGGAACGCCAGGAGAGAAGCUGCUUAAUCUCUGGAUGGAUACAGAGAGACUGAGAGCUACACAGAACAGAGAGCGGAAGAACAGGUAUUUGUUCCAAAUGAGGAGCCGGUACCUGCUGAGCAGCAGCCAGAGCAGUCUCAAUGUGGAGCUGCUGUCCAGACUGGGACUGACUACCUCCCCCUGCUGGACAGAGGAGAAACUGCGCUCAGUUCAGCCCUCGCUCAUUGAGUCUCUGUUCUACUACUGGGUUCCUCGGUUCUGGACGUCCCAGUGUGUUCAGGAAGACCGUGAUGACUCCCCUCAUCUAGAGCUGUGGACAGAGUGGUGUGUUAGCCCUCUAUCAGACAUACAGUCCUACCAUGGCUCUAUGAGCCUGUCUCCCCUCCGCCCUGACACCUGCCUGCCCCAGUCCCCCCAUGCUGUCCAUACACAGUUAUUUUCUAGCAGAAGUCAGUUACUGGGCAGCAGAAGAAUGGAAAAGAUGUUACAGGCUCUUUGUGUUGACUCGUGGGCCGGCUUAUACUUCACAAACUUCUGUGAACAAUCGGGAAACCAGCUUUGGGAGAAUGCAGUUAACUUUUGGACUGACCUGCAGCCCUACUAUGAGCUCUUCUAUCAGGAUGGACUGGAUCCCUACAGAGUACAGAGAGAGGCACAGCUCCUUUACUCCACCUAUGUGUCCAGCUCUGCCAGGAGGAGGGUUGGUGUCGACGAGGAGAUCAGAAGGGAGGUGUAUGACCAGCUGAUGCCUGCCUUUGAGGAGCUGUUUGACAAGGUUGCGGAACACACACUGAACAUCCUGCUGGAGCCUUGGACUCUGCUGGUCAGCAGGGACAAAAAGUCCUUCCAGACGGUGUGUGUGCAGGAGGAGGUGCGUUGUGUCGACAGUCCGGAGUACAGGGAACUCCAAAGUCUGUACGAGGAAUCAGAGCGCCGACUGAAACAGGUGGAGCAGUGCAGGUCCAUGCUAUUUCCCUCUCAUAUUACUCCCCUCUCAAAGAGCCCACAGGUGCCUGACUCUUGGUCCAGAGUGUCUCCCAAUUACCAAGGUUACCGUCUAGGUUCCUUACUUCGUCACCACCAUGAGAUCGGGCACUUUAUGUCCUUUCUACAGAAUCAGGAUGCCAGUAUCCAUCUGACGUGCUGGCUGGAUCUAGAGCAAUACAGGAGGACUCCUCAGAAAGACAAGGCUGUCAGACAGGAGAGAUCGUCUCAUAUUGCAGCCAAAUACCUCAACAGGAAGUACUUCUUUGGCUCUGACAGCCCCGCCACAACAGAGCAACAGAAUGAUAUAUUGCGUCUGGCAGGUGGACUGGAGCGUCUGAAGCUAGAAUGUGCCUCGAACCCAGUGGUUGUAGAGAUCCAGGCCAUCAUAAGGAGUCACAUUGAGAAAAAGUGGCUGCCUUUGUUUCUGUCCACAGCAGAGUUCACAGAGCGACUGAAACACAAACCAAAGCCCCAAGCAGCAGACAGCCUCUCACAGCACGUCUACUGUCGACGCAGAGCGAGGAGAGAAGCCUGGAAGGCGGAGGGCUUGUGGAUGAGUUCCUCCAAAGAGAUCCUGCUGUUUCGACGGAUCCUACUCAACCCCGUCACUUGUAUGCAGUUCCAGCACUUUGUCUCUCUGAAGGGAGACUUCCUAGAAAACGAUGUGCUCUUCUGGCUGGAGGUGCAGAGAUACAAGGACCUCUGUCACUCCCACAGUGAUGAGGCCACCAUCGAGCAGAAGAUCUCCACCAUCAUUAACUGUUUUAUCAAUUCCUCCAUGCCCCCCGCUCUGCAGAUAGACAUCCCUCCUGAACAGGCCCAGCACAUUCUGGACAAACGCCAUGAGCUGGGUCCUUACAUCUUCAGAGAGGCACAGAUGUCAGUGUUCAGUGCUUUGCUGAAGUUUUGGCCCGAGUUUCAAGAGCUGAGCAGCAGUGUCCAAGAGGAGCAACUUCUUCCUCUACUGCAGGAGAAACGAGUGAAACACAGAGCCAGAGUCCGGAGACAGAGGAGGAAGGAAGAGGAGGAAGAGGAGAUGAGGCGAUCUCAGGAAGAGCUGGGGAGGCCAGAGUCCAGUUUCAGAGAGGAGGAGGAAGACACAGAUGACGAAGACGAGGUAGAAGAAGAAGAACACGAGGGAAGAAGUGAUAAAAAACAGUCGAGGACACAGAGCAGAGUGCUGCUGACUCCCACACAGUCGUUGUCGUGGUCCUACUCCAAGUACAUGGCGGCUCUGAAGAGAGAGGAGAUGCUGCUGAGGAGACAGAGUCAGCUGGAAGCCUCGUUCUCCACAGCCUCAGACUGCAGCGUCAGGUCAGCAGACAGUAAACCCAGCCGCCAGCCGCCCUCACGCCGCUCCUCCAGAACGGACAGUAAACAGUUUAACAGACACAAGAGGGGUGUGAGAGCCUGCAACAUGAAAUGAAACCAAAGAGUAAGAACUGACUUCAUGGCGCACAGCUUUGAUGCAAACAGACGAGGGUGCCCGACGCCGUUAUCGGAGCACGACGAGUGAAAACUGAGAGCAGAGCUGCUACUGAUAUCCUGAUCAGGUCGAAGUCUGAGGCUGGCUUUACAAGAUGUAAGAAUAUUUGCUACUGUGUGUAAAACUCACUUGACUAUAUUUACAACUGGCUGCACAACAAGUGUACAUCCAUCAUGUAUCAUUCUUACAUAGUACACAAUGAUAGAAGAACACUUCAUUUUUAAUGUGUUUAUUAAAUGUUUCUAUUCAUAAAUUAUCCAUUUACAUUACAUUAAAAGGCAUUAGACUUAAAUCUUACGCAGAGCUCAGUGAUACAAUAUAAAAGGCAACAAUAACAUGUUUGCAUCAUGAGGGGUUGGCAUCCACAGAAGGUUACAAAGAACAGUGUUAUUGUCAAACAAGUAUGUUACAUCUAUAUAAAAAAAAAACAUUUUGGUUGACAGCUGGUAUCUCUAGCGUCCAUCGACAUGUACUGUAUAUAAUAUUGCACUUAACAUUGGCAUGAGACAUAGUCACUACACGGAGAAUGUAAACACUAAGAGCUUAUACUGCAGAGUGAAACAUUACACACUGUUGUGAUAGAAUUGUUGUGCACUUCUAUCUGCAACACUGAAGAGGUUUCACACUGACGGAAUGAGCCCGGAUUUAAAGUUGGGAGAGCACACACUGUUGGUCCAUAACGGUUUAGGUUGACACAACUCUUACUUGUUUUAGUGUUGUAGUUUGUGUGUGUGUGCACUCAGUGAAAUGUCUGAGGACAGUAAAUGUCUUAACUUACAUGUGUUUCUAUGAUUAAACUGAAUCUAAUCCCUCCGA